AUGGGGGACCCGUACGGGGUGGGAGAGGUGAUUGGAGUGCAGGCCGGUGACCUGGUCGCUGUAGCUGCAGGUGUGACAAGUGGAGCUGGCACAGCAACGUCUGGUCUACCAGGGAGAAAGAACCAGGAGACGGGGGAACAGCUUUGGCAUCUGGGGCAUCACAGCAGCCACAAUGUUUAUAGGAUCACAUCAGCUCUAGACACAGUCGACGAUAUAAGAGAGCUGUGCACUCCGUCAAACACAUCAUUUCGAAGAGAAGGAAGCAAUCUGCAGUUUCUACAGGAGCCUGUCAUCAUGUUUCCAACAACGGUCUCAGUUGUGGUUUGCAUUGCCCUGGCUCUCAGCCAGACUACAGCUCAGGGUGAUAAGAAGAAAGAAGUGGAGAAGAGGGAAGCGUCAAUGUGUGGGGGUUUCUGUCUGAAGGGAUGGGCCAGUUUCAAUAACCGGUGCUACCAGUAUAUAAAAGACAGGAAGACGUGGGCUGAUGCUGAGCUGUUCUGCCUCAGUGUCGGGGGGAAUCUCGCCUCUGUACACAGUGUCAACGAGAACAAUUUCAUUCAGAACCUGAUCAACAAGAAUGACGCCUCAAACACUAUUACCUGGCUCGGGGGUUCUGACUGCUUCAAGGAGGGGUCAUGGUAUUGGACCGAUGGAUCUAAAUGGGACUACAGUAACUGGAACAAGGGAGAACCCAACAACUUAGUUGUUGAAAACUGUCUGCAUAUUAACUUUGGGGUUCCCGGAGGCUGGAAUGACAUAGCCUGUGUUAGUUUGUAUCCAUCGGUCUGCGUGUAUACAAAUAAUUAAUCAUUUGCAUAAAUCUCUGAAACAGAAUGUCAACUUUUUGACCAUUCUGAUUGAUAAAUAAAAUUAAGAAGCAUUCA